AUGGUGGCACAGCAGGAUGUCUUGCAGCUUCAACACCUUGAAGGGUGGAGGAAUGGUCCUCAGCAGGUGGAGGGCUGGAUGUUGUCUCUUCAGCAGGUGGAGGGCUGGAUGUUGUCUCUUCAGGAGGUGGAGGGCUGGAUGUUGUCUCUUCAACAGGUGGAGGGCUGGAUGUUGUCUCUUCAGCAGGUGGAGGGCUGGAUGUUGUCUCUUCAGCAGGUGGAGGGCUGGAUGUUGUCUCUUCAGCAGGUGGAGGGCUGGAUGUUGUCUCUUCAGCAGGUGGAGGGAUGGAUGUUGUCUCUUCAGCAGGUGGAGGGCUGGAUGUUGUCUCUUCAGCAGGUGGAGGGCUGGAUGUUGUCUCUUCAGGAGGUGGAGGGCUGGAUGUUGUCUCUUCAACAGGUGGAGGGAUGA